UCGGCCAGAACUCCCUGCCGCCGCCACCACUACCGCCAGCGCCUGCCGGUGGCCAGGGGCAGUCACCUGGCAGCCCUGUGCAUCAGCCCCUCUGCUCCCAGGACCUGCACCGGAGCGCGCGCGGCGGGGGAACAUGGCCGGGCGGCAGAGAGGCGCGGGGCGGCUCUGGGCUCUGGGCGGCGCCGCCCUGGGGGCUUGCCUGGCAGGGGUUGCCACGCAGCUGGUGGAGCCCAGCACGGCCCCGCCCAAGCCCAAGCCGCCUCCACUGACCAAGGAGACCGUGGUGUUCUGGGACAUGCGUCUGUGGCACGUGGUGGGCAUCUUUUCGCUCUUCGUGCUAUCCAUCAUCAUCACGCUGUGCUGUGUCUUCAAUUGCCGUGUGCCACGGACACGGAAGGAGAUUGAGGCCCGGUAUCUACAACGAAAGGCUGCCAAGAUGUACACAGACAAGCUGGAGACCGUGCCUCCACUCAACGAACUCACAGAAAUCCCUGGAGAGGAUAAGAAGAAGAAGAAGAAGGACAGUGUGGACACAGUGGCUAUCAAGGUAGAGGAAGAGGAGAAGAAUGAGGCAAAGAAGAAGAAAGGAGAGAAAUGAGCAGAGUCUCCUGGAGGUGGCAGCUAGGCCUGGCAGGCCUUGAAGUCCAAGUUCAGAUCAGGAUCCAGGCACCAGGACUCCAUGUUCAGACAUGGACCACAGGCUCUGGUCUGAGAAGCCAAGGCCAUGGCCAUGACCUCGUAGCCCAAAAGACGUAGGGAUUAAGACUUCACGAGUGUCCAUCCUGGACUCUGCUCCAUUCACAUCAUUAGCCUGGCCACUUCUCUUGGGUCACUGUCCUUCUGCAGAUAUAGAGUGGCCUCAAACUACCCCCCGCAUCCAGACAGGCUUCUGUCCCACCCUUUUUGCCAGGGGCAGAGGUACCUAUGGAGGAGUUUGGGAUUGGUGGUUUCAGAUGGCAGGAUUGAACAAGUUCUGUGUGAACCCCAUAAGCACGGAGGGAGGGCUGAUGGGGACAUCCUGUGACAUGAGAUUCUCUGACACAGCUAGAUAGCAGCCCUGAUAGCAAGGAAAUCACCCCAAGCUUGGCAGGAAUCUGACCAUGGCUGCCAAAGUGGCCCCAUUAUCAGGAGAGUUCCUGACCUGGCAAAUGCCAACCUCUGAAAACAGAGUGACAGUGUGUGGAGCUGGGGCCGCAGAGGGGCUGGCACUAGGCCCAGAGCCUACGGGCUUCUG